GCUUUCUUGUGUGGCGAGGAGAGGCGGCGCCCCACACUGUGUGACAGCCGGGCGGGUGAAGCGGCAGGCGGUCAUACCAGCCGAAGCUAACCGGGAGCGUAGCAGCUUCUUAACCGGACUUUAGACCCACACAUGGCUUCUGUGACGAGCGCGGAGCGACGCGCUUUUGCUUUGAAAAUCAACAGGCAUUCGUCCGCAGAGAUCAGGCGAAACUUCAGCGGGAACUAUGGCUAUUAUCACAGACGGACAAACUCCAAUGCCUCAGCCACAAAUUACCUCACCGUGCCGCAGUCCUAUGAAGCGGUGGAGCCUCUGGACCUGGAGGAGUUCUUGAUGUCACAGCUUCGAAACGGUGACUCCGCCCUGAUGCGGGAACUCGGCGACUUCCCCGACGACGACUUGAAGGUGGAGCAGGUGGAGAAGGAGUGUCGCACCGUCCGGCACGCCGUCCCUCACGACGGGCUGGACUUGGAUCCACACGUGAGAGAUUGCGUCAAGAAUUACACCCAGCCAUGGCUUGUGGCGUCUAGAAGGUGCCAAGGGGAUGGCUGGAGUGCGUAUUCAGAGCGAGCUGGCCUGCACAAGCUCCUUCGGAAACAGACAUUUGAGUCUGAUGUCCAGUCAGUCAAAGAGGAGAAAACGGUCAAGUCUCCAACUCUAGCGGUGCUGAAUGAUGACUCUGGCCGCACGCUGACCUCGUCCGACUUCAACCUGCGCUGUUUGACUCCGGACCAGAGGGUGGUGGGGUUGCUGGCCUUCAGCAGUCACGAGGAGCUGGACCGCUUCAACCAGGAAGCCCGGCAGGGAAACAGAUACCCCGAGCUGUUUGCGCUGUACCCUCCCGCUGAUGAGGAAGACGCAGUGGAGAUUCGACCCGUUCCCGACUGCCCCAAAGAACACACUGGAGACCGCAUCCUGAUCCGAUGCCAGGCCAUCAAGUUUGAGAUUGACAUUGAGCCCAUAUUUGCUACCAUGGCCUUGUAUGACCUGAAAGAGAAGAAAAAGAUAUCAGAGAACUUCUACUGUGACCUGAACUCGGAGCAGUUUAAAAGCUUCCUGAGAUCACACACUCCUCAUGUGGAUCCUUCCUCAUUGGCCAGGUCGGCCAUCUUCUCCAUCACCUACCCUUCCCCGGACAUAUAUCUUGUCAUCAAGAUUGAAAAAGUCCUGCAGCAAGGCGAGAUCAGUGACUGUGCAGAGCCCUACAUGACGAUGAGAGAUUGUGACUCUUCGAAGAACAAGGACAAGCUGGAGAAACUGCGAGGGCAGUCCGAGGCCUUCUGCCAGAGGCUAGGCCGCUACCGCAUGCCCUUCGCCUGGGCAACUGUAAACAUCAUGGAAGUCAUCUCUACAGCCGCCAUUGACCGCGAUGUCACUGAUUCCGACAGCUUAAAAGGUGUGCACUUUUUUGAAACCCACUUCUACUUUUUUCUGUAUCACAUGACCUACACUUGUUUUUCUUCAGGGAAAUCCAGCAGCAUAGACCGUAAAGCCCAGUUGCCACGGAGGAACUCGGAACGUUUCAGCACCGUUGAGGAGCAGCUAUGUAACAUUUCUGCAUUCAAACCAGCCACCAUUACCAUCAGCACCAUCUUUAAACAGGAGGGAGAUCGUUUGAGUGACGAGGACUUGCUCAAAUUCUUGUCCGAGAUUAAGAAAACGUCCACUCCGCAGAGACGAAUCAAGACUAUAUCAGGCUCCAUAAAACUGGACAUGUCUCCACUCCAUGACUUACCUCAGGCCUGUUUGUCCACUGAGCUCAUCCCCCUCAUACCUGUAGCUGAGAAGAACAUUCGCCACGUCAAAGAAGUACUGGAGUUCCCUUCCAGCGAGGUUUAUGUCCCGCAUAACAUUUACAGGAACCUGCUCUAUAUUUACCCUCAGAGGCUGAACUUUGUCAACAGGCUGACGUCAGCACGGAACAUCACCAUCAAAAUGCAGUUUAUGAGCGGAGAAGACCCCAGCAGCGCUCUUCCUAUCAUUUUUGGCAAAUCUAGUGGGCCUGAAUUUGUUCGGGAAAUUUACACUCCUGUUACCUAUCACAACAAAGCCCCAGAUUUCUACGAGGAGGUGAAGCUGGCUCUUCCCGCCCGCCUGACAGAACGACACCACUUGCUCUUCACUUUCUACCACAUUAGUUGCCAGCAGAAACAGAACCAGAGUAAUAGCUGUGAAACACUCAUCGGCUACUCCUGGCUGCCCAUAUGGAUUAAUGACAGACUGAACACAGGCCAGUUCUGUUUACCCAUAGUGUUGGAUCGACUACCUCCUAAUUACUCACUGCACACUGCUGAGAAACUACCUUCUCAAACGCCCCCGGUCAAGUGGAUGGAAAGUCACAAAGGACUCUUCAAUCUCGAGGUCCAGGCUGUGUCCUCUGUGCACACACAGGACAACCACUUGGAGCGCUUCUUCACCCUAUGUCACGCUCUCGAGGGCGGGGCCACAUUCCCGCUGCGCGUCCGAGAGGAGAAGAUCCCUGAGAACAAGCUGGAGCACGAGCUUAAGCUCAGCAUCAUUUCUCUGUCAUCAUCCAGCUUGGAGCCGCUGGUCCUCUUCCUCCACCUGGUGCUGGAUAAUCUUUUCACCCUCAUCAUGCAGCCCAUGGUCAUUGCUGGCCAGACCGCCAACCUGGCCCAGAUAGCCUUUGAGUCCGUGGUGUCCAUCGUCAAUAGUCUCCAUAACAGUCAGGAGCUGAGCAGGGAUCAGCAAGGCCGAAACAGCCUCUUGGCAACUUACCUUUACUGGGUGUUCCGUUUGCCUGACCCCCCUCGAGACAUCCCAAAUGGUACCAGUGGCAUGAUGCCCUCUACUGAGAGCCGUUACAGCACCAUGGGCCGAGCCUCGGCAGCCAGCGUGGGCAACAUGCUUCUGCAGUCCAGAAUCCGCAGCAGCAGCAACCCUGACAUUCCCGCGCCCCAGUUGCCUGCUGAGGACGCUGAGGUCAAGCACAUCCUGGCUGCCAAGGGCCAUAACAUCCCAGGCAGUCGCAUGUCGACAAUAUUGGACACAAACAGCCAUCAGAACUCCACAGGAAGCACCAGGCCCUCCAGCAGAAAGCAGUUUCAUGAAGAGCUUGCCCUCCAGAUGGUGGUCAGCACUGGGGUCUGCAGGGAGAAUGCAUACAAAUAUGCCUGGUUCUUUUUUGAGCUGCUGGUGAAGAGCAUGGCACAGCACGUGUCCGAGCUAGACAGGAACAGCAUCCCGCGCAGAAGCCGCUUCUCGGAUCGAUUUAAAGACGACAUCACUACCAUCGUCUCCGUGGUCACUGCUGAGAUCUGCACCAUCCUUGUUAAGCAGCAGAAGGAGGUGGAGCAAGCAGAGAAAGUCAACAUCAGUCUGGCCUUCUUCCUCUACGACCUGCUGUCUCUCAUGGACCGGGGCUUUGUCUUCCAGCUGGUGAAAAACUACUGCAACCAGAUGUCAGCUAAAAGCGUUUCGAUGCCAACACUGAUCAGCAUGCGUCUGGAGUUCCUGCGAAUCCUGUGCAGUCACGAGCACUACCUCAACCUCAGCCUCUUCUUCAGCAGCCCCGCCUCUGCUCCAUCCUCUCCGUGCCCAUCCAUCUCCUCGCAGAGCUCAGGUUCAUGUAGUUACCAAGAGCAGCAAAGGAUCUUGGCCCUCUUUGAGCUUUCUCAGGACUUCAAGCAGCAGCACUACCUCGCCGGCCUGCUACUGACUGAGCUCAGUGCCGCUCUUGACAUGGAGUCAGAAGGGGGAAAGGUCCAGAAAAAGGCUAUCAACGCCAUCUUCAGCCUGCUAUGUUCUCAUGAUCUUGACCACCGCUGCAUCAAGCCUGAGGUCAGAGCUAAGGUAGCCACCCUCUACCUUCCCCUGGUGGGGAUCAUCAUUGACUCCACCAACUACCUGGAUUUCACCGUGGCAGAUGCACGCGGCACCAAGAACAAAACCGGUGGACUCGAGGAUGACCUUGACAGCGUACCACCCAUCAAUCAAUCUGUUGCCAUGGCGAUUGCUGGCAACCCCUUCAACACGCUGGGGAGGAAUGUUCUUGUUUCCAUGGCAUCCAUGCAGGGGAAGUCGAUAGCCACCCUGGCGGCAGACACCAGCCGCCACCUCCUGGUGUGCUUCCUCUGGGUGAUGAAGAAUGCUGACAGGAGUCUGAUUCAACGCUGGACUGUGGACAUGCCUCCCUCCCAGCUCAACAAGCUGCUGGAGCUCCUCACUAUCUGCUUGUCCUGUUUUGAGUACAGGGGUCACCAAAGCAGCGACAAAGUGAGCACACAGGCCUUACAGAAAUCUCAUCAAGCUAAACUUCAGCUGGAAGAAGCCCUGCUGAGAGGGAUGGGAGCCCGCGGGGAGAUGAUGAAACGAGUCGGAGGAAUGGACAGAGCCAUGGGCCAAAGAGAGAACCUGCGCUGGAGGAAAGAUCUCACCCAGUGGAGACAGACCAAUGACAGACAUGAUAAGACCAAAGCAGAGUUGGACCAAGAGGCUCUGAUCAGUGGAAACUUGGCCACAGAGGCAAACCUCAUAAUUCUGGACCUGCUGGAGACCAUCGUGCAGGCAGUGCCGCUGGCUGAUUGUAAGGACAGCGUGGUUGGCGGGGUGUUGAAGGUGCUACUCCAUUCUCUGACGUGCAACCAGAGCUCUACGUUCCUCUCACACACAUUCAGCACACUGAGGGCGCUUGUUGUCAAGUUUGGCGAGCUUCUUUUCGAAGAGGAGGCCGAGCAGUGCGCAGACCUGUGCCAGAAGGUGCUUCACUACUGCAGCAGCCCCGUGGACGAGAACAGGAGUCAGGCAUGCGCCACCCUCUACCUCAUCAUGAGAUACAGCUACAGCAACGCCAGCAACUUCUCCAGAGUGAAGAUGCAAGUCACCAUGUCUCUGGCAUCCCUGGUGGGCAAGUCCUCCGACUUUCAGGAGGAACACUUGAGACGUUCCCUCCGCACCAUCCUGGCUUACGCAGAGGAGGAUGCUGAGAUGCAGAACACACAGUUGCCCCUACAGGUGGAUGAGCUUCUGAGGAACCUUAACAGCAUUCUGUCGGACACGGUGAAGAUGAGAGAGUUCCAGGAGGAUCCUGAGAUGCUCAUGGACCUUAUGUACAGGAUAGCGAAAGGCUACCAGACAUCUCCCGACCUCCGCCUGACCUGGCUGCAGAACAUGGCGGAAAAGCACAACAACAGGAAGUGUUACACCGAGUCGGCCAUGUGUCUGGUUCACGCCGCCGCCCUGGUGGCUGAGUACCUCAGCAUGCUGGAGGAUCACAAGUACCUGCCCGUAGGCAGUGUCACCUUCCAGAGCAUCUCCCCCAAUGUGCUGGAGGAGUCGGCCGUGUCAGACGACAUCCUGUCCCCAGACGAGGACGGCGUGUGUUCGGGGCGCUACUUUACAGAGAGUGGCCUAGUUGGGUUGCUGGAGCAGGCCUCCGAGCUCUUCAGCAAUGGUGGUCUGUAUGAGGCCGUUAACGAGGUUUACAAGAUAAUCAUACCCAUCCUGGAGGCUCAUAGGGACUUCAGAAAGCUGGCAUCUACUCAUGACAAACUGCAGAGAGCUUUUGAUAACAUCAUUCACAAGGGCCACAAGAGGAUGUUUGGGACCUAUUUCCGUGUUGGUUUUUACGGUGCCAAAUUUGGAGACCUGGAUGAGCGGGAAUUCAUUUACAAGGAGCCCGGCAUCACGCACCUGCCUGAGAUAUCACAUCGGUUGGAGAACUUUUACACUCAGUGUUUCGGAGAGGACGUUUUGGUCAUGAUCAAGGACUCAACUCCUGUGGACAGAAAACAACUCAACCCCGACAAGGCAUACAUCCAGAUAACGUACGUGGAGCCGUACUUUGACGACUACGAGAUGAAAGACCGGCUGACGAAUUUUGAGAAGAACUUCAACCUGCGGCGCUUCAUGUACACCACACCCUUCACCAAGAGCGGGCGUCCACGCGGGGAGCUGCACGAGCAGUACAAGAGAAAAACCAUCCUCACCACCAUGCACGCUUUCCCUUACGUCAAGACCCGCAUCAACAUCAUCCAGAAGGAGGAGUUUGACCUGACUCCUAUUGAGGUGGCCAUAGAGGACAUGCAGAAAAAGACCAGGGAGCUAGCCGUCGCCACACACAGAGAGCAACCUGAUGCCGUGAUGUUACAAAUGUUGCUGCAAGGUUCAGUGGGAGCCACUGUCAACCAGGGGCCAUUGGAAGUGGCCCAGGUCUUCCUCAAUGAGAUCCCGGCGGACCCCAAGCUCUUCCGUCACCACAAUAAACUGCGCCUGUGUUUCAAAGAGUUUAUCAUGAGGUGCGGCGAAGCGGUUGAGAAGAAUAAGCACUUGAUUACGUCGGACCAGAAGGAGUACCAGCAGGAGCUGAAGAAGAACUACAACCGCCUGCGGGAGAACCUCAGGCCAAUGCUGGAGAGGAAGAUUCCUGAGCUCUACAAGCCAAUCAUCAGACCUCGGCUGGAGAACAGGGAUUCCUUCAAGCGUCUGAGUUUCCGCAAAGCUCAGGAGGAAGUCUCCUGAGAUGCUGUCGCAAGCCUGAUAAGCCUGACGACUGGUCUUUUUUUGGAGAGGAAAAACAGGAAUGAAUAAAUUGCCUCACUAUACCCUGAUGGAAGAGUCACAGUUCUCAGCAGGAAAACCAGCAGUGUUAAUAAUAACAAUAUCAAUAAUAAUAAUAAAUGUCUGCUGUUUGUUCAUUCUAAUGAAACAGGUGAGUUGACUUAACUCACUGAGCACUUCUCUGUAAGAUAUUUUAGUUUGUGGUUUUUUUUUUGCAAACAAUGCUGUGAUGCAGACAACCAUCAGGUCCUUGGCUGGAUCAGGACCUUUUUUGUGUGCCAAUAAUGUCGUCAUCCUCUGAGUGUGUUUGUGUAUACCCGAGUGGAUGAGUCACUCACACGUUAUUCUGUUAUGUGCUAAAGGGCUUACUAGAAUUCAAAUCUUAGCAUUAAACUUGCAAUUUAGAUGGGUAAAAAUAGUAAUUAUGUGCUAUGUAAAUUGAGGCUACUUUUUGUUUUUUAAGUAAGAAUUAUUAACUUAUUUUCAGUUACCUGAGAAGUUUGCAUGCUGUGGACAGACUUAUCUGCACUAGGCUCGGUAUUCAAGCUAAAAUAGUGUAAAAAUAUAUGAAUUUUAUUUGUGGAAAUCUAUUUUUAGAUAACAGAAACAUUGAUUUUGAUUUUUUAAAUAAAGCUACAGCCAGGAUUUGUUCUCAUUUGUAUUUACUUCUAGAUAUUCAAUAAGAAAUGGCAAUCAUUUUAAAUUCCCUCUACUUUACUUCAUGUGAAUCAUGUUUACUCCAUUGGUCACAGUACAUUCCAGUAGAUACAUUCUAAAUGGUCCUAUUAUAUAUCAGAGCACAUUACUGAAUGAUGGACGUAUUGUUUUAUACAGCAUGAAAUGUUUUCAUAGAUCACUUUAUGAAAUGAAAUUAUAUUCUUACAAGUAUGCACACAGUUUGUGAGGCAUACCGCUCAAAGUCGGCAUUGAAAUAUUCAGUUGGUGGCAUCAACCAUGACAAACAUGGCAUAACCACUCACUGGACACAACAUUAGGUACACCUGCGUAGCCGCACAAUCAAAUGUUGUAAUUGACACUGAUAUGUUUCUAAUUGUAAUACUUGUAGAGCCCUUGUAUCGGUUCUUAAUAAUUAAUUAUGUAGGUGUAUCUAAGGAUGUGUGUGGUGACCGUACAUAUGUUUCAUCUUUUUUUGUUUGUUUUCAUUUCUAUGUUGUUGCAGCUGUGUUUUCAGCAUGUAAAAUCUUGUAUGUCCUGUACAUAAUACUGGCAAAAGCACCUGAAUAAACUAACAUUGACAUUG